GAUACAGCUGGUAUUACUGUAGAAAUUAGCUCUGCCGGUAACCUUACGACAAUUUCCGCCAGCCGAGCAAAACACAACCACAAAAUUUGCGGCUGAAAAGCAAGAAGCCAAGAAUCGAAUCAAGACACAAACCAACGUUCGAAGGUUCAACGCGGACAAAUCGACUUGACGAGGCAACGAACAAACGAAGGUUGUUCAACGCCGACACUUCCACUUGAAAGGAACCAAGCCAGGCUACUAGUUCUGGCAUUUGUCCCACGUAAACAGCAUAGCAGUACGUUACAAGAACCAAUACAAGCAAGUGUGAGCGCCAGCUUUUUCUACUAGGCGGCUCAAAUUCAAGUAUCGUCGUAUCGCCAGGCCGAUCCAAUCCCAACAUGUCCAAGUCAGAAACCAAUGCGGACACCAUGUCCCCCGGGUUCCAUAUUUUUUGGCCCCGGUGCCCUGAUUCUUCGAGCAGGUACAGUGGAACUCUUUCAUCAUCAAGGAAAGGCAGAAAUAGCCGCCAACGAGUGAGUCGUUCAUUCCAUCUAUCCAACAAUCACGUGGAAGAAACUCAACCACCUUCCAAGCGCCUCAAGAAAUCCCCAGCAGGUGAUUUGAUCUGUCCAAUCAGUCGGGAAUUGCCCUGGGAUCCUGUGACAGCUGAGGAUGGACGAGUCUAUGAGCGUGAAUGUAUCGAGAAGCAUAUCAAGAACCAUCCUCGGGACCUCAAGUCUCCAGUCACCAACCUAAAAAUGGGCGAAAAGUUACUGCCAGCCAUUCAGCACCGCAAUACCAUUGAGACGUUGGUGGAGUCUGGAGUCAUUGAUGGGGAUUUGGCUGACAACUGGAAUGAAAAGGUGGAACAGAAGAAGAAAAUGGAAGAAUUGCUGAAAUGGGCAGGAUCAGGCAAUGGAAAUGCAAUGUUUUUGGCAGGAAUCAAAUAUAGAGACGGUGAAGAGGGUUUCAAGAAAGACAAAAAGUUGGCCUUUCAGUGGUACAAGAAAGCUCAAGAGGCCGGGAAUGUCAAAGGCAAAGCAAUGGUGGGUUGGUGCUAUCUAGAUGGGGCAGGAGUGACCAAGCAACAAUCACCUGGACUUUUCCACCUUACUGAUGCAGCAUCCCAAGGAUCAGACUUUGCGGCCUAUAAAUUGGGAAUAGCAUUUGCCAAGGGAAAAUAUGGCUUGAAUGUGGAUAAAAUGGAAUCCAUCCGUUGGUUGGAGAAGUCACUUCGAUACUGUCGCCACAAACAUCUGACUGCUGUUGCCAAGACUAAAGCUCAGCAGAAACUGGAUGAACUGAAGGCCUCAGUGCCUGCAAGUUCUGCGACCUCCUGAUCUUGUUUUCCUUCUUGAAUUUGCAGACUACUUCUGGCUGCAAGAGACUUUGGGCCUCGCCUCUUCAGUUUCUGUCUAAAAAUGCAACGCCCUUGCAGAUGACUACUGCAUUCCCCAACGCAGUCAUCCCUUGUUGCUUCCAACAAGUGAAUGGAUGACUUGUUGCUUGUUCUCACGUCAAACAAACAAAACCCUAGCUUGUUCCACUGUCUAUUCUUCUAAUACAAUCAAUCAAUCAAUCACUCCCAUUCAAUCCUCUUUGCCGCUCUUUGUAGUCGUUCCUUUGGACUGUUGUUGCUGUUGCUGUGUUUUCCCUCCCUGAUACGAGCUUAGCAAUGCCGCAAUGACACUAAUAUUGGCCCAAUAGUAGACCACCGAAGCGAUCCAUACCAGUCGAUGCAC